UCUCGCCGAACGCUAAAGACCGACGCACAAAUGGGAAUGCACCAUUCGUUUAACUCGAUCGUUCUCUCCAAAUUUGAGACAUUCGUAGUGGCAUCCAUAGUAAAGUUCCAAGAACCAUUUUUAUAUUUAUAGUCUAUAAUACUGGUAAACUCAAAGAGCAUUCUGAAACAAGCCAUUCUUCUUUCCCCUCUCAAUUUCGGGCCUGAAUUGCUUGGACUCGCUCACACGUCACUUCUGGGAGUCGAACACUGAGUAUCGGAAGCCGCAUGCGCUGAUCGGAGACGAUUUGUGAGACCACGGCGUUGCUAUGGGUCGGCGGAGAGCGCCGGGUGGUGGGUCGCUGGGACGGGCCCUCAUCCGCCAUCAGACUCAGCGGAGCCGUAGCCACCGUCACACUGAUUCUUGGUUGCACACAAGUGAACUGAAUGAUGGCUAUGAUUGGGGUCGCCUUAAUCUUCAGUCGGUGACUGAACAGAGCUCCCUUGAUGAUUUCCUUGCAACUGCAGAACUUGCUGGAACAGAGUUUAUAGCUGAGAAACUUAAUAUUAAGUUUGUGCUCCCUGAGGCUAGAACUGGCCUUCUGUCUUUUGAGGAGAGCCAGAGAAUUAAGAAGCUCCAAGAAGAAAACAGACAGUUCUUGUGUAUACCAAGGAGACCAAACUGGGACAAAAAAACUAGCCCAGAAGAACUCAAACAAGCAGAGAAAGAUACCUUUCUAGAAUGGAGACGUCAGCUUGUCCGGCUAGAAGAGGAACAAAAGUUGAUAUUGACUCCAUUUGAGCGAAAUUUGGACUUUUGGCGCCAGCUAUGGAGAGUAAUUGAGAGAAGUGAUAUUGUGGUCCAGAUAGUUGAUGCUCGGAACCCACUCCUAUUCAGAUGUGAGGAUUUGGAAUGUUAUGUGAAAGAAAUAGAUGCCAACAAGGAGAACAUUAUUCUGGUCAACAAGGCCGACCUGCUGACUGCUGAGCAGCGGAGUGCCUGGGCUGAACACUUUGAAAACGAAGGUGUGAAGGUUAUUUUCUGGUCAGCUUUAGCUGGGGCCACUCAGCUGAAUGGUGUCUCUGAGGAACAAGAAAACGGAGAUGAUAGAAGAAGCAACACAACUGAGUUUGAAAACUCCAGUUUUGAUGAGGCUGAAAUUCCAUACAGUGAGACAGAACAUCUCCCAGGCAGAUAUUCUCUCUCACUUAGUGAAGAUCCCACUACUGAUGAAGACAGUAGUGAGUAUGAAGACUGUCAGGAGGAGGAGGAAGAAGAUUGGCAGACGUGUUCAGAAGAAGACAGCAGCCCUGACAAAGAGGCCCAUGACCAGGACUGGAAGGAGAGCUGUACUGUAGACUCUGAGGCUCAAGGCAGGAAAACUCCACAGAAGAGGCAGACACACAAUUAUAGCCACCUGGUAUCAAAACAAGAGUUACUGGAGCUCUUUAAGCAGCUGCACACUGGGAAGAAGGUGAAGGAUGGACAACUUACCGUUGGACUGGUGGGCUACCCUAAUGUUGGUAAAAGUUCAACAAUCAACACAAUCAUGGGCAACAAGAAGGUAUCUGUGUCUGCCACCCCUGGUCACACCAAGCAUUUUCAGACUCUCUAUGUGGAGCCUGGUCUCUGCUUAUGUGACUGCCCGGGCCUGGUGAUGCCAUCUUUUGUGUCUACCAAGGCAGAAAUGAUUUGCAGUGGAAUCCUCCCAAUUGACCAGAUGAGAGAUCAUGUCCCACCUGUGUCAUUAGUUUGCCAGAAUAUUCCAAGACAUGUUUUAGAAGCUACCUGUGGCAUUAAUAUUAUAAAGCCUGGAGAGGGUGAAGAUCCCCAUCGCCCUCCAACAUCAGAAGAGCUGCUGACGGCUUAUGGAUGUAUGCGAGGAUUCAUGACAGCACAUGGACAGCCAGACCAGCCUCGAUCGGCACGCUAUAUCCUGAAGGAUUAUGUCAGUGGUAAGCUGCUGUACUGCCAUCCUCCUCCUGGAAGAGAUCCUGUGACCUUUCAGCAUCAACACCAGCGACUCUUAGAAGGCAAAAUGAAUGAUGAUGAAAUAAAAAUGCAGCCAGGCGGAAACAAAAAAGCAAAGCAGAUUGAAAAUGUGGUUGACAAAGCUUUCUUCCAUCAAGAUAAUGUGAGAGCUUUGACCAAAGGUGUCCAGGCUGUGAUGGGUUAUAAGCCUGGGAGUGGCGUGGUGACAGCUGCUGCUGUGGGCUCUGAGAAUGGGCCUGGGAAGCCCUGGAAAAAACAUGGCAACAGAAAUAAAAAAGAGAAAAGUCGGAGACUCUACAAGCACCUGGAUAUGUGAACUCGGGCCGCAACAGAAAUGGCAUCUCCAUUAUGCAGGUGGAGAAAACAGAAGCUGCUUGUGGCCUGUGGAACUUUCCCAAGAUACUAGCACUGUGGACCCUGCUCUUGUGGAGCAUGGCCACACCCAGCAGGACUGAGGACUCCUGGAAGCACCAGGAGUCCCCAGCACCAGGUCUGACUAAAUGUGUAUCUGGGAGCCUGGAAACCUGUGAUGAUAGAAUGAGUGGUGUAUAUUUAUUUGUGUAAACAUAUGCACAAUGCAUACUAAUUUUGUAAGCCAGGAAUUUUUUGGAAAGGUAUUAAAGUUAAAUUGCCACUAA